UACAGGAUUGAGGAAGCUGGAUGUCAAUUUUUCCUGCAGCUCAACAACUUCAUAACUCAGGGUGGUGCACUCUUGUCUCAUCUGUUUCAACAUAAAGACUCCAGGUUUUCAAGGAUUGUCAUGGCAAAUCCAAUUGAUGACAAAACAACUGAAGACAUUAAAAAAGCAUUAGAAAGCAAAAAUCCAGCCUUGGCUGUUAAAAUGAUCCAGAAGUAUUUGGACAAGGAGAAUAAUACUCCACUAAAUAUUGGCAUCACAGGAGAGACAGGCUCUGGUAAAUCUUCCUUUGUUAAUGCAUUCAGAGAAAUAGAUGAUGGGGAUGAAGGAGCCGCCCCUACUGGUGUUACAGAAACCACCUCAGAGCCUACACCAUACCCCCAUCCACAGUUUCCCAAUGUUAAACUUUGGGAUCUUCCUGGUGUUGGCACCAGAAAUUUUCCAAGGGACAAAUACCUGAAGCUUGUUGAAUUUGAAAGGUUUGACUUCUUCAUCAUCAUCUCAGCUGAUCGCUUCAGAGAAAAUGAUGUGAUGCUCGCUCAGGAGAUUAAGAAGAUGAAGAAAAAGUUCUACUUUGUUCGCUCAAAGAUCGACAAUGACUUACGUAAUGAGGAAAGAAAACAGAGGUCAGAGUUCAAUGCACAGAGGACUCUUGAACACAUCAGGGAGAACUGCAUUCAAG